UUUGAAAGUAAACAGCGAUUUAAAAUCCGUUGGUUACAAAUUUGUAAACGUCCGAUUUUGUCUUACUCCCUGUGAGUUGUGCAAUUUAUAUAAAUAUAUAAUGGGUAAUUACAUGACCAAGUUGUUUCACACUAAUGAAAGCCAAAAAGAAAACAAUGAGCUACAAGGUGUUAAGCAACAAGCGGCUACAGAUAGCAGUAUGUGUACACCAACGUUAUCCCAAAAAAAGAUGCUGUGUGAUCCACGUUCAGUUUCAGCAUGAAUCUUAAGAACUCCCAUUGAGGCAGUUACGCAAGAUAGCAAUAUGUGCACACCAACAUUACCUAAUAAAAGGGUGCUGUGUGAUCCACGUUCAAUUUCAGUAGAAAUCUCAAGAACUCCAAUUGAGGUGAAAUGCACCCCAGUUACAGCAACCAAAAGAGCACUUACUGCAAUUCCAGAAUAUUUACAGAAAAAAAAAUAUCUUGAAACUGAUAUGGAUGUAGUAAUGCCACCUUUAACACCGAAAAAAUGUGCUAUACCAAAAUUAAUAGAUAGUGAUCAAGGAUCAGAAUCUGAUGGAGCACAAGAUUAUUUAACGCCAAAUAUUAAUAUUGUAGAAGGUCUAAAAUCUAUUACGCCAAUUGAUAAGGAACGUUACACAAUUUUAGGAUUAGAUCCUAGAUCUCCAGCUGCAGACUUCGAUAGAACGCCUAUUUUAAUGCCGAAGUCUCUUGCGUUAAUAAAGGCGCGAUCGAAAGAAACUUUGAGUCGCAAAGGCAGUUAUGAAUCCGAUAUUUACGAUCCGACAAACUCACAUCGAGAAACCAGUACAUCACUUAAUAUUCCAAAAAUACAAUUGUUAUCUGAUACAGCUUCGGAAACCUCGGAAACGUUAGAUAUGGAGACACAGGAUGAAUCACAUAUACUCUGCACAUCCAAAAAAUCUGAUUCUGAUUCAAGUGUUAUUGAAAGCGAGGAGGAAGUUACAGUUAUUAAGAACCCGAAAUGUAAAAAUGAGAAGGAAAAAUCAUUGAUAUCAAGCGAACAGACAAUUGCGACUGACAAGGAAAAAAACAAAGACGAUAUAGAUAAAAAGGAUAAUUGCAAAGAUAUUGAACAUGAUAUGAAAACAAUGCAUAUAAAGGAUGACAAUAAAAUUGAAGUAUGGCAUGAUUCAGUAUCAUCAGAGGAAAAUAUUACAGGUAAGAAGGAGAAGGAAAACAUUGUAGAAAAGUUAUUGCAAAAAAAAGCUCCUAGAGAAGAUAUAAUUAUAAUGUUUGAUGAAUGUGCCAUGAUUAGUACUUUACCAAAACCAAUAAAGACAGAAGGGGAUUGUCAGAAAAAGGGAAAUAUUGCAGAAAGAAAGAAGAGUACGAAAAUAGAUGCUAUAGUUCCUUUAAAUGAAAAAAAGAUUUUCAAUCCUGAGAACAAAAUGCCUGUAACUGAAAUGCUUAAGAAUCGGACACCUUUUGGCAAUCGAUCUAAUAAUGAUCAAGUACAAAGAAUAAACUCGCCACAAUACUUAUCAAGAAAUAAGACUGUAUCUACACAACAAGAGAAUACACCACCAUAUAAGAUGUACAAUGCAAAGAGUAAAACUGGACAUCAUUGGGAUCCAAAUGCUACAGUUCUUAUUUAA